AUGGUGAGCACUGCGCGGAGAUCUGCCAUGGACCCAAAGGCUGGCCCGCUAUUCCUCGUCUCAAUCCAGAGUCGCCCCGCCGUCGUCACCUCCACCGACAAUACAACACAACACGCACAAGAUGAGUCGCAGCUGCCCGUAGCCCCGCCGGCGAUGAUGCUGGAGCCCACGCAGCUUCUUGGAAUGGAGCCACCAUACCCUACCGAGUACCUUCCGUCUCUGUCCGCCUCAAAAUCUGGUUGCAACACCUCUAGCACCGUGCUAUCGCAUUCGUUCACACACCCAAAUAACGGCUACCUCGGAUUGCCGAGUAGCCGCGCAAGCGCCUGGGAAGAAACCGUGGUAUCGUCCCUGAGUGGCGGAUCCGAUGCGCAGGGCUACCGUGCUAGCUUCGCCCCAGCUCAAACUGAUGUCUCCUCACAACCCCAGAGAUUUGAUGGCUUCACCAGCGUGGGUCUCACGCCCUACAUGUUCUCUAGUUCUGAGCAGUUUCAGGGGUUCGACCCAGACAUUGUCCACAGCUCAAUGAUGGUCGGACUCACAACAGAUGAAGUUUUGGCCGCUACUGGCGGCGGCACGAACCCGAGCGGCGUCCUGCCUCAAAACCAGGAUUUCCAAUGCACAAUGGAAGAACCAAACAUUGAUUGUUAUCCACAAACUUUGUCGAACAUCAUCCCGAGGGAAAAGAGAAUCCAAAAGGUGAUAAGCAACGCAGAUCAGCAGUUUCCCAAUACCGAUGCAACUCAACACUCUCACAGCGGGGUGACCCCGAGGAGCUUGUAG